AUGCCUCAACAUCUAGCAGAUCGGACACUGCAAAUUACUUUAAAUGAAUUGGUCAAAAUGAUUAGUUUUCAAGUUGUUCCGAUGCUAGAUCAUGAAACUCUAUCUUUUGUACUGGAUCAUGCUGGUGUUGCAAUUGACUUUGCCUCACUCAAGAAUGAAACAACUCAAAUACAUGUAAAGGUGUUGCUUGAUGGGUUUGCUAUAAUUUUAGAAACCUUAAAGCUCUUUUAUGAUUUCGAAUGGAAACAAGAAGAAUAUUUCAAAUUGUACUCUAGUUCAACCUUUGUUGGCAUGUACUUGAAGCGAUGGGAUAGGUUCUACAUUGAUUGGAUUGUCUCUUUUCAAAAUAGAGAUGUAUCACGGGCUCAUCUUGUAAAAAUAGCUAGAACCUUUUAUUUCAGUUACAUCAAUGGAGUCUUGUCAAAAUGUCAACUAGAGAUGCCUUCUGCCGACUUUCCUCAUGGCUCUUCGGAUGUAUCAAGCAACGUCGAACCAUCCAAACUGUUGUCAGAGUCCUCAUUGAAAUCCCUCAAUCUGCUCAAAAUGUAUAAAAUUUUCUUAAACAAGUUAGAUCGGUUUAAUGAAAAGGUAUUGAAUAUUCAUUCCAAGUCGUCCAUGUAUUUGUUGUUGCUUGACCUGUCUCUAUUUCCUCGAAUUAGAUAUCAUAAAACACCAGUCAAGCAUCCUUCUCUUUAUAUGCUCGGUUACAGGAAACACUUGUAUGUCAUUCCCUUCAUUGAUUUUGAAAUGAGUUUUGAGGAGAGACGUGCAGCUGAUUUGCUCAUGAAAGAUUGUAAAGGUUUUGAUCAUGUCUAUGACUACAAUAAGAGAAACGUUGUGGAACUGCUCACACUACAUGAUGGGCAAUUUCAAAGCAAGCUGACCAGUCUUAGCAGCUAUAUUACACUGAGCGAUGAGUGGUGUAGACAAAAUGUGACACUACUCAGAGAUAAGAGAGAAGAUCCGCACGAUCUAAUACAUUCCAUGAACGUUUCAUCUGAGCCCUUAAUUGAUUCGGCAAUAGUAAGCGAGUCUAAUGUCAUUUAA